CCAUUCGGUCGCUGGUCGGCAGAUGCCGUCAUGACGCAGGACUUCCAGCGCGUUGACGCGAUGUUACGUUCCACCAAUCAGCGGCAGUUUCCGAAGCCACGGAAAGGAGCAGAUGAUAUGGCAGCUUUGUGAGCGGCCAGGUGGAACUCGCUUUUGUUUAAUCGGGCUGACAGCGGAACAUGAGUACACUUUAACCCGCACGCCGCAGCGGGGGAUCCGAAGAUGAUAUACCUGAUAUUAAUCUCUGCCUUCUCCGGGGCCAUCGUCACGCUUCUUCUGCAGCUCUUACUGUUGUACCGGAGGAGCCCCGAGCCUAUCGCUAGGACAGUUCAGUAUGUCAAUGCAGUUCCCGAUCCCGCACUGAAGGAUUACUUUAGCAACCAACAAGCCGAAUCAACGCAGCAACAAUCAGAUAUCGCAUUGUCUGCCUCCAAACCAGAGGCCGCUUCCCCGAAGCACCACGAAACCACCGUCCCCGGCAGCAGCCCCAAACAGCAGCCGUCCUCGCCACCGCCUUCGCUGAGCGACUCUCAGCACACCUCCAAAACAGAGACAUGCGAUUUCCUCAAUGCCAUAUUUCUGUUCCUAUUCCGCGAGCUCAGAGACACCCCAGUCAUCAAACACUGGAUCACCAAAAAGAUCAAGGUAGAGUUUGAGGAGCUCCUACUGACCAAGACCGCCGGGCGUCUGCUGGAGGGGCUCAGUCUGCGGGAUAUCUCUCUGGGCAACUCCGUGCCCGUCUUCAAAACAGCAAGACUCAUGAAGCCAGUGGCUCUCAAUGAAGACAACAUGCCAGAGGAGCUCAAUUUCGAGGUUGACUUAGAAUACAAUGGCGGCUUUCAUCUGGCCAUUGAUGUAGAUUUAGUAUUCGGGAAAUCGGCUUAUCUCUUUGUGAAGAUGACCCGGGUGGCCGGCCGCCUGAAGCUGCAGUUUACCCGCAUGCCUUUCACGCACUGGUCCUUCUCCUUCCUGGAGGACCCGAUCAUAGACUUCGAGGUGAAGUCUCAGUUUGAGGGCCGUCCUCUGCCCCAGCUCACCUCCAUCAUAGUCAAUCAGCUCAAGAGAGUUAUCAAGAAGAAGCACACCUUACCAAACUACAAAAUAAGGUACAAGCCCUUUUUUCCUUUCCAAGUGCAGCCACCGCUGGCAUCAUCAUGUGACCUGGACAUCUCCAUCCGAGAGACUCUAUUGGUGGAGGGGCGUCUACGUGUCACACUUGUUGAAUGUAGCAGGUUGUUUAUCCUGGGCUCAUAUGAAAGGGAGACAUAUGUUCACUGCACCUUAGAACUCAGUUCUGAUGAAUGGCGGGAAAAAACUCGCAGCUCCAUCAAAGAGACUGAGGUGAUCAAAGGACCAUCUGGGAGCGUGGGAAUGACGUUCAGGCAUGUCCCUGCCAGUGAUGGUGACACGGUGCAUGUAAGCAUAGAGACUGUCACCCCAAACUCCCCAGCUGCCCUGGCAGACUUACAGAGAGGAGAUCGCCUCAUUGCUAUUGGAGGAGUCAAAGUGACGUCCUCUGUCCAAGUGCCGAAGCUGCUAAAACAAGCUGGAGAUAGAGUGAUAGUUUUAUAUGAGAGGCCGGUCCGGCACCAGGUGCCUACCGUGGGCUUGGGGAUGCUCCAAGAAACCCUAGGCCCAAUGGAGGAACCCAGUUAUCUUCAUCAUCCUGGGGGCUACGAGGAGGACCCAGCCCCGAUAACCACCAUGGACAUAUCUGAUAACAGAGACAAUGACUCUGAGUUUGAGGAGCUAAUCGUUGAGUCCAAAUCAACUGCAGCUCCAGUCACUGUUGACACUAAGGAGGAUUUCCUGCUCUCUGUAAACCAAAGUCCAAAAAAAACUGUGGCCAACUUGGCCAAGCCCCUUGGUUCCAUCUCACCAGUUCUCAACCGCAGACUGAAUCUUCAGUCCCCACUCAAACCCCAGCCCAAAGAAUCACCAAAGGCACCAACUCUCAAGGCUGCUGAACCUUCUGAACCACCACAGAGACCAAUGGUGCCCCCUCCUCCACCACCUGCACGCCCUCCUGUCCCUCCCAGGCCCCAUAUAAAAGUCACAUCUGCGUCUUCAGAAACCCAGAGCUUGUUUGAAUGUAAUGAACCUGUGGUGGAAAAAAGUCCAGAGAAAACACAACCCACUGCUGGCAGUGGUGACAAAACCGUAGAGAAAAUCCCUGUGAGGUCACCAGAGCCAAAGCCUGUGAGCAAACACCCAGAGCUUGCAGAAGAAAUCCCAAAUAUUCCAGCCACAAACAAGCGAGAUUCAGCCAAAGACAAGGUAUACGAGAGCUCCUCCAACACUAGAGACAGUGUCGAUGAGCAGGGUCUCUGGGAAUCAUCUGAAAUCAUUUACCGCAGCAGAGCUGCCCGCUGGAACAAAGCCUCUGUGAUCUUUGAGGUGGAAAGCCACUACAAAUUCCUUAAUGUAGCGCUUUGGUGCAAGGACCCCUUCAAGCUUGGUAGUCUCUUGUGCUUAGGGCACGUCAGCUUGCGCUUGGAACACAUAGCACUGGAAUGCUUAGCUACAUCAUCUGCUGAAUAUCAGAGCACCUUUCGUCUAUGUGCUCCUGAACCAAGGGCCAGCGUCAGCCGUACUGCUUUGCGCAGCUUGAGCACUCACAAAGGUUUCAAUGAGAAACUCUGUUAUGGAGAUGUUACACUCAACUUCACUUACCUUGCAGAUGGGGAGUCAGACCUCUCCAGUGGAUUGGUAGAACGUGAGCGGGAUGGGAGUCUUCAGGAAGAGCACUUAAAAGACCGGGAAAAGGAACGGGAGCAGGUACUCAUGGCAACCCGGGAUGAACCAAGUUACAGCGGCAUGCAGUUUGGAGAUAUGCGGCACAAUUUUCAAGACACUCAGUUCCAGAAUCCCACUUAUUGCGAUUAUUGCAAGAAGAAGGUGUGGACCAAGGCUGCCUCACAGUGCAUGACCUGUUCUUAUGUCUGUCACAAGAAGUGUCAGGAGAAGUGUCUAACAGAGUUUCCUAAAUGCGUAGCUGCCUCAGUCCGACGUGGAGCAGAUCCUGAGGCCAAGUCUACCAUCAAUCGGGCAACUACUGGCCUUACACGUCACAUUAUCAAUACUAGCUCUCGACUCCUCAAUCUGAGGCAGGUGCCCAAAGCCAGACUUGCAGAACAGGUUGCAGAAAUAGGAUCAGGACCGGUGGAGCCUUCUCCAAAACAGACACCUAACACAUCUGACAAUGAGAGCAGUGACACAGAGACCUAUACUGGGGCCAGUCCUUCCAAGCAGCCACCUGGUAGUAGUGGCUCCAAACUGGUGCGCAAGGAAGGUGGGCUGGAUGACAGCGUCUUCAUUGCCGUCAAAGAGAUUGGUCGAGAUCUUUACCGUGGCCUCCCAACAGAUGAGCGUUCACAUAAACUGGAGUUGAUGUUGGACAAGUUGCAGCAGGAGAUUGACCAGGAGCUGGAGCAUAACAACACUUUGAGUGUGGAAGAGCGAGAAACGAUUGAUUCCCGGCACAAGGCCCUCAUCUCAGCAGCUCUGGCCAAGUCCGGUGAACGACUCCAAGCGUUGACUCUGCUCAUGAUUCACUACCGUGCUGGCAUCGAAGACCUAGAGUCUGUAGAUAGCACCUCACCAUCUGAACAGCAUGGCUUUCCAAAGACCAAAACAGAGGGUCUGGAGGAGUCGCUGAUGGGCACAGAAGUGUACGACAGUGACAUAUGCAGUCCUGUUGGUGUUCAGAUGCUGGAUGAGAUUACAGAUGAGCAGAUCUGUGUAGAGGCAUUACCGUAAAGAUGAUAAAAGGCAUCAGGGGCUUGGGAUUCAAGAACAAAUACUUUUUCUCAAGUAUGACUUGUGAGGUUUGCAAAAGUAUUCCUAAAGAUGUACUGUCAAUUGUGGAAUUUUGUGAGAGUGUCAGUAGUUUAACAAUUUCUUUUUCUUUUCUUUUUUCAUAAAUACCCCCCCCCCCAUCUUUAGUUAUUAGUUACUGUUUUAGAGGACAGAACCAUCAGUCUGUAGACUUUUGUUAGUAUUACAUCAAAUAGUUGAACGUGAGUUCCCAUAACAUGAUCAAUCCAAGUUUUAACUGCCUUACCUGAAAGGUGCAGUAAAAUAUUUUUUUACAUAAGCUUAAGUAGGGAGAGGUGUGUGCUUGAAGCAAGAUGAGCUUGAAUACAUAUUUUUAUUUUAACUUUGUGUAUUGGUAGAGACUGAAUUAUAUACAUGUAUGCUCUUAGUUAUGCUCAUGGUUGGAAAUAUAUCUUGUCCAUUGUGUUUUAAGCUUCAAGCCCCUCACUACAAAAUGUUGGAUUAUAUCCUGAAUAACAGUCCAUAGAACCUGAUGCCAUUCCUAACCAACAUUUUUUUCUCUGAUAAGCACCUUUUGUUCCUAAUUGUUAUUAAUUUUAAAGCAUAAUUUCUUUAAUGUUCAUGUUUUAUUUUUUUAAUGUUUAAUGUUGAACUGAGAGGGAAUCAUCAUAGGACAAAUAAUCUUGAAGUUAUUAUUCUACUGGGGACCAUUCUUUGUCUAAUUUAAAUUUGUCACAAAGCCAGUGUGACUUUAUUUUUGUUUUGUUUUUUUGAGGGAAGUAUAUUUAUAUUGCAUAUGUGUGUUUCAUAAUAUGUUUCUAAUAAUUGUCAUUAUAUAAUCUCACAAUUCAUUUUAGCCUUUAUGAGUUCUAAAAUGCUGGCGAUUUUUCUCAAACCAGUUUGUAUACUUUUGUUAUCCACCAUCAGUUGGUCCGGGUGAAUGGUUAUGUAUGUGUGAAUAUUUCAGCCUGUUAGUUUUUGGUUUGAUUUAUGUAUUGGAAUGUGUAAUUUUGAUUAUCAUGCAAGCAAACUUUCAGUAUGUCUAACAUCUGUGUGCGUUCGCAUGCAUUGUUGUCAUUGAGAGUUGAUUUUACAUGUGUACUAAUGAAUUUAUCUCCUAAAUGACUAACAUUACAUUCAUUAUUCCGUUCACCUCUCAAACACAUCUCUCAACCUGUAAAACUACAUCAUUAAAAACUCUUUUGUCAAUGCA